UAUCUAUCUCACCUACCCAGUCUUCUCCCCUUUUCCACUCCCCUUUUCCCAUUUCCUUCAUUCACAAACUAAAUCAAAACAAAAAAGCUUCAAAAAAAUGGGUUUAUACUCAACCGUAAUGGACGAAAUAACAUUUCACACAGGUCUUUCUCCAACGGCUUUCUUCACAAUCGCUACCUUAAUGCUCUUCGUUUACCGAACCGUUAGUUCCAUGUUUGUUUCCCCUCAAGAUUACAAUAAACCGCCUGUAGUUUCGGCUCGCUUCGGUUCCCGGUUCGAAGUUGAUGAACCGGUUAAGGAACCGGUUCAGGUUGGUGAAAUUACUGAACCGGAAUUGCGGUUGUAUAAUGGCUCUGAUCCUAGUAAACCUCUCUUGCUUUCUGUUAAAGGACAGAUCUAUGAUGUCUCCUCUGCAAGGAAUUUUUAUGGUCCUGGAGGAUCAUAUGCAAUGUUUGCUGGAAAAGAAUGUAGCCGAGCCCUCGCUCUUCUGUCUUUUAAACCUGACGAUUUUAACGGGAACCUUGAAGGUUUAGACGAGUCAGAGCUUGCAAUUUUAGAGGAUUGGGAAUAUAAAUUCAUAGAAAAGUAUCCAAAGGUUGGCCAGCUUGUUCAAGAACAAAGAACUCAGCAAAUUGAGCACAGUCAAGAAGACAUUUCGAACCCAAAUGAACACCAGGAGUAAGCAAAAAUGCAAAAUAGAAAUCUCUAAUGUUGUUGUGUGUUGUGUUGUAUAAUUCUCUCAUGUUACAAUUUUCACAUGACUUGUGAAAAAUUUGUAUAUAUCUCUCUUUCUUCAUAAAUAUUUAUAGAACCUUACCCUAUUUAAUAGUUAUGAAGAAAGAAAUAGAUCCAUGACAUUCUUAUGGCAAAGUUGUGUGAAGUUUUGACUUAUGAGAAAAUAUAUUCUUGUAAUCUAGGGAAUACUGUACCUUAUGAGAAAAUAGAUUGUGCCAUUGUGGUCAUUAUUUUAACAUAAGCUUCUCACAAUUGAUCAAAUAUAUGUAGUUGAAGAAUGAAAACAUUUCCUCUC